AUGGAACUUGAUAUUGGAGUCACUCAUUCAGGUUUUACUCUUGAUGAGUAUUGGUUUGCCUCAGAUACAUCUAGUGGAUAUCUUGAAGAUGCAAUAACUGGUUGGGAUAUUUGGUGUAACCAACAUAAUUUACCAUCCAAAGAAGACCAAUUACUUCAAGACCAUAAAAAAUCAUCAUCAUCAUCAGAAAAUCAUGCAGUCAAACAUGAUUCACCUCAAAGGAGUUGUUGUGCAUCUAAAGAAUCAGAUGAAAAUGAUGCUUCAAUUUCAAGGGGACAGUGGAAGAAAAUAGCAUAUCCAUUUGAGUUAGUGAAGCCUGGAGGAGUUGAAGGUGAGACAACAAUUAGAGAUAUAAAUCAUCAAAUGAUGAUGAAUCCAUCAAAGCCAAUUCCACACCCUGUAGUUGUACAAGAUUAUGAGAGUAGUUCAUUCAUUAAUUCGAACCGUAGUUAUGGUAUUUCGGGUAAAGAAGUUGCAGCACUUACUAGGAUUCAAACCAGAGGUAGAGGCUCUAUUACUAUUAUUAGAACCAAAGGUUGA